AUGGCCGCAGAAAAGAAGAAAAAACAYGAAGAAGUUACGAAAGUUUUAGUAUUUGCGCCGCCUCAAAUAUGCUUCCACCAGGUCCACAAGAAAGCGAGGAUUGAAAACAAAGAUGCGCACGGAAGUUGGACCAAAACUACACUUCAUUUUGACGGCGAGAAAUUUGUCAAAACACAGAAGGAAGUCCAAAGAAGCUUGCACUGCACAAAUACAGACACAAGCACUAGUGAAAGUAGCUGUAUAUUCCUUGAAUAUGACGCUAAACUUGUGCAAGGAUCAAUCAAUUCUUAUCUAGACCAAGUAUUUUCCGAAGGUAGUCCAUUUUCGGUAGCACACGAUAGCUGUUUCGUURAAGUGAAAAGAGCUGCAACAGACGAAAAGCAGGAGAGUUUGAGUGACCUGCAGAAAGAAUAUGAAACGGUAAAUAACGAGAGUCAAGCUCUUUUGAGCAGCAUUUCAGAUUCUCCAUUAACAAGAGGAGGGUUGCAAAGAGCAAAGAGAAAAGACAGGAAAUCGCGUCUUGUCUACAAUGACACGCAUCCAUUCACAAAUGAGGAUGUUUACACUCAAACUCCAAACUCGGCUUCGGAAAAUAAUGAUGGGGGUGCCGCAUCUGCAUCAUCGACAAUGACAUCUUUACGACCAACCAACGAUGAAACAAUCGUAGAUCCCUCAAAAUCACCAACGUCAUCGUCAUCAACCACCGAUCAAGGAUUAAAUCCUUCAAAGUCKUCAUCAGAGUCUUUGAUUUGUAMAAAAACSUCACUUGAUUCAAGUCAACGCAUAAAUGAAAAGAAAUCGAGUUUGCGCACCUGCUUGCUGCCUAAGRUAUCCGAUAAGCUUUCGUAUCUUGGAGAAUGUAGUACAGUAAGGAGUCUYGUGAAUCUUUGUGUUAUUGUCMUUCAAGUAAACCCGGUAAAAGAAAUCCAGAUAAGAUCGRGUAGAAAYGCCGGACAAUUUAUAMCKUUAUCAUCGAUUAUCGUSUCUGAUUCUACMAAAUCACACUUCAAACUAACUUUAUGGAGRCAAGCAUCGGGAUGGACUGAGAAGAUUGUCKCAGGGGAUAUUAUCGUAGCGACUUCUAUUCGUAUUGAAACAUGGAGARACGAGUAUAUAGGACAAACAACCUUUAACUCRAGCUUCUAUAACCUACAUCAACCACAGAAACCACUCGCGAAUGCCUGGCUUCAGCUUAUUUCACAGGACCGCCUUGAUAAGCUGAUGGAAUGGGCCAGGAAAUCUUACGGCUAUSUYUUCCGACAGACACCAACUUCAGCAGUGGUGAAAUACACUCGUAUCUCCGACCUACAGAACAACACACUGGUCCAUUUUAGAGGGAUUCUUAGGAGUGUGAGUGCACUAAUUACGGACAAGUCUUUGAAAAAUACAUACAAGUUUGGUUCAAGAAGACUUCCCAAGAUUACCGCUGUAUUUGCACAAUCGCCGAACGAGAACAUACGCGUCACACUAUGGGGAAGACAAUCAGAAUGGCUGGACAGUCUACGCAAAUCAGWAGGUAGCGUAUGGGAGCUACAGUACCUCACAGCAAAGUACGACUCUAUAAGUGGAUCAGUGGCUCUCCACACAACACAAAAGUCGACCAAAAAGAAACUUGAUACCGACAACGAACUAGCAAAGCCAUUGCUUUGUUUGUUUCACGAUGUGCUCGAUGACAUCAAGUCAUUCAGGACAAUCAAAAAGUUGCUUGAUGCGAAGUUUUCUGGCACUGCAGAAGUUCGUGGUCAUAUUGACGGUAUUUCGUUUYGUAGUGAAGACGAGGUUCUAGAGGUGAAUUAUCAUAAUGUCGAGGCUCUUAAGGACAUUUUUCAGUGUUUAACGUAUGUAGGCUGUGCAUUGUGUUCGCGAGCCUUGAAGCAAGAUAAGAAUAAGAUCUACGCCCAGUGUGAUUACUGCGUUCAUCACAAGCCUGGUUAURAUUACGCAGUUAAGCAAUAUUUCAGGGACAUCCACCUUCGAGUUAAAGACAAAGAUAGAAUAAUYGAGGUCCUAGUUAGUCCGAAAUCUGCUUGUAAACUCUUGAAAGGARUAGAASCUAAKGACCUMCUCUUCACCGAUGCCAGCGUCGAUCAAACUUCAYCGAAACUUCUCCAGUUCACCUCUGUAGUAAAAGAACUAGUUUCCUGCGAUAAAUUAUGGAAAUUUAUUAUUUUAUGUCAUACUGUUCUAGAUGAAAAUAGCUUUGUUGUAAGUCAAACCUUUGAAUUACUUGAUUUUAAUCAAGGGUAGUUAAAUGCAAAACCAGAACAAACAAUAAAAUACCGGAAAUUUGUUAUUAUUAUUGAAAUAGCUGAAUAAUUAAUCAGAUU